CUUCGGAAUCAAAGGAAGCUAAAUCAUGAUGACGAGUUCACAACAAAUUACAACAAACGAAGAGGAAGAUUGCUUACAAGCUUUUCGAAUUGUUCAGUCAACAUUGCUUCCUUUUGUUUUGCGAACCGCCGUCGAUCUUGAUUUACUACAGACCAUAGCGAAACCAGGUCCAGGCUCCAAGGUCUCGGUUGCUGAGAUUGUGCCGAAACUCCCGGCUAGGAACCCUAAUGCCCCCGAUAUGAUCGAUCGUAUCCUUCGAUUUCUCACAGCUCAUUCCAUCUUAGAUUGCGAUCUUGUCACUGAUCAAAAUGGAAAUACGACGAGAUUGUACGGUAUUUCUUCCAUCGGCAGAUACUUUCUUCAAGAUGAAGAUGGAAUUUCUCUCGUUCCAUCUCUCAAAAUUUCGACCGAUAGACGAUUCUUCGAGUGUUGGAACUAUUUGAAGGAUGCUACGUUGGAAGGAGGGUUACCGUUUAGGAGGGUAUUUGGUGAAGACGUGUUCGAGGCGGUUGCAAAAGAUAGUGAUUUAGCCAAUACUUUCAACCAAUCCAUGUCAAAUCUCACUAACAUUAUCACGAGAAGGGUCCUACAAGUUUACAAAGGAUUUGAAGCCUUAACUCAACUCAUCGACGUGGGAGGUGGGUUGGGAACAAAUCUUAAGCUCAUUGUUUCCAAGUACCCACAAAUUAAGGGCAUUAACUUUGAUUUGCCCUUUGUUGUUGAAGUUGCACCCAACAUUCCAGGUGUGGAGCAUGUAGGAGGAGACAUGUUCAACAAAAUUCCUAAUGGAGAAGCUAUUUCCAUGAAGUGUAUACUUCAUGAUUGGGGAGAUGAAGAAUGCUUGAAAUUGCUGAGAAAUUGCUAUGAAGCAAUACCAGAGUCGGGAAAAGUAAUAGUGAUAGAAUCAAUAAUGCCAGAAUUGCCCACCACUGACACAGUCACGGCCACAACAACCAGUUUCGACGUGGGAUUGCUUCACACUGUCCCUGGUGGAAAGGAAAGAACACUAAAAGAGUUCCAGGCAUUAGCCACUGAAGCCGGUUUCUCUACUUUCAAACCUGUUUGUCGUGUUUAUAUUUAUUGGGUCAUUGAAUUGUUCAAAUAAUUAUUGUCGGUUCCCAGUCAAUGACUUAUA